UAAACAGCUGCUCGAAAUUCCGCGGCAUUUCAUUUCAUAAACAAUUGCAAUAUUUUUAACACAAAACAUGGUUAAAACAAAGGGAAAUGCUAAGAAAUUCGGCAUGCACCCUCGCAAUGUAUUACGCCAGCCACCAGAUUACACUAAAUUGGCUAUUAAAUACAAAGAUUUCCGCAAAGAGUGCGAAUUGGAGCUCAAUGGCAAAGUAUCUGUGAAUUUUCGCAACGAAAAUACCUUGCGCGAGUUGACCAAAAUGCUUUUAAAGGAAUACUUUGAUUUAAAUGUGGAUUUUGCACCUGGAAGUUUGGUGCCCACUUUGGCCCUCCGUUUAAAUUACAUUCUCUGGCUAGAGGAUCUAAUGGAACCACUAAAAUUGAAAGAAAUAAAAGGAAUAGACAUAGGCUGUGGCUCUUCAUGUAUUUAUUCUUUGCUGGGAGCCAAGAAAAAUGGUUGGCACAUGUUGGCCCUGGAAUCGAAACUCCAAAACAUAGAAUAUGCCAGAGAGAAUGUGAAGAAAAGCCAGUUGGAAGAUCUAAUAGAAGUCUACGCUCAACCAGAAAAAACGAGCAUCUUCAAGAGCUAUUUCGAGAAGGAUCAACAGGAGCUGCAGUACCACUUUUGCUUGUGCAAUCCACCCUUUUUCGACUCCAACUUGUCUAAUCCUUUUGGGGGCAACACCAGGAAUCCCGAGAGGCGACCGGCACCCAAUAAUGCCAGAACUGGAAGCCAGGAGGAGCUAACCUGCGUGGGCGGCGAAGUCCGUUUCGUACAGCGCAUCAUAGACGAGAGUCUGGAAAACAAGCUUCGCGUGCGCAUCUUCACGACAAUGUUGGGCGUCAAGGCCAACUUGCCAAGGAUACUGGACUACCUGAAGGAGCGGCAGGUGGCGAAUGUCACCACCACGGAAUUCCAUCAGGGACACACCACUCGAUGGGCGGUGGCCUGGAGCUUCCAUGCAGAGCUGCUAAGCCAGGAGAGAUCGUGUAGUUGAUUCACCUUAAGUCUGUUAGGUAACUUUUGGUACUUUGUAGCAGUGAGAAUAUCCAGGUGCUUAUUUUCUAUAGCUUUCUUUUAAGGGUUGCAUUUUUAACCUUAAGCUAGCAUUAUGUUUAAAAAAGUUACAAUUUUGAAGUUCCAAGAUGUAUAAACACGUAGUAAUCCCCUCUUAUUUUAUACCCCAUAAGUUUAAGAAGUACUUAAACAAAAAAUAUAUAAGUAAAAUGUUGAAUAUAAUUGAGUAAUAAGUAAUAACUAA